AUGACCAACAAGAUUUACCACCACGAGCCAGUCUGGUGGAAGCAAGGUGUCGUCUACCAAAUCUACCCUGCAUCCUUCAAGGACAACAAUGGCGAUGGUGUCGGCGAUAUUCCCGGUAUUAUUUCCAACCUCGACUAUAUCCGAGACCUCGGCGUCGACAUCAUCUGGGUUUCGCCACACUAUAAGAGCCCCCAGGUUGAUAUGGGGUACGAUAUUUCCGACUUUCAAGAUAUCCACGAGCCCUAUGGCACGCUAGACGACUGCCAGCGACUCAUACAGGAAAUCCAUGACAGAGGAAUGCGAGUCAUCUUCGACUUGGUAAUUAACCACACGUCUGAUCAGCACCCUUGGUUCCUCGAAUCGCGAUCCUCUACUACAAACCCAAAACGCGAUUGGUAUUUUUGGAGACAGCCAAAGAUCGAUAGCGACGGCAACAAGUGCAGACCUAAUAAUUGGAGAAGUCAGUUCACGAAGCCAGCCUGGACCUUUGACGACGUGACUGGAGAAUACUAUCUUCAUGUCUACGCUUCCGGCCAACCAGAUCUGAACUGGGAGAGCGAAGCUUGCCGACGCGAGGUCUAUGACAACGCGAUCAGAUUCUGGCUUAACCGCGGUGUAGACGGAUUCAGAGUUGAUACCGUCAACAAGUUCUCCAAGGUUUCUGGUCUACCUGAUGCCCCGGUUGUCGAGCCUAACGAAGAAACACAGACUGCUGUUUGUCAUUAUGCAAACGGUCCUCGAAUCCACGAAUAUCUCCGUGAAAUGAAACAAGUCAUGGUACCCUACGAUGUCAUGACAGUGGGCGAAUUGCCGAAUACGCCGGAUCUCCACGAUGUGUUAAAGUACAUUUCGCCUGGCUCUGAGCCUGGGUCUCAAGAGAUUGACAUGGUCUUCAACUUCGACACAAUGAACCUGGGACAGACACCAGGCAAUAGGUUCUUGCCCGUGCCCUUCGAUAACAACGACUUCAAGCGCUGCUUGACAAAGUGGCAGAAGCUUCCGGAGACAACAGGUGCCUGGACAACUGUGUUUUUGGAGAACCAUGACCAGGGCAGAUCAGUAUCACGCUUUGCAUCAGAUCUUCCCGAGUUUCGGGAACGUGCUGCCAAGAUGCUUGCAACUGUUCUUGCAACCAUGACGGGAACGUUGUUUCUGUACCAAGGCCAGGAGAUUGGCAUGAUCAAUGCACCUGAGACCUGGUCCGCGGAUGAGUACAAGUGCGUGCGAUCAGCCAACUAUAUCCAGGAUGUGCGCCAACGCACUAACAAUGAUCCCGAUGCGAUUAAUGAGGCUACGGAGAAUCUCCGGCGUGUUGCCAGAGAUCACGCCAGGGUUCCAAUGCAAUGGGACAACACGACUAAUGCUGGUUUUACGAGCCCUGACGCAGUGCCAUGGAUGCCUGUUCUUGACAGCUAUCGCGAGAUAAAUGUCGCAAAUCAGCUUGGAGAUAAAAACAGUGUUCUAGGGUACUGGCGAGAAAUGAUCAAGCUUCGGAAGAGGUUUUCGUCACUCUUCGUGUAUGGGACCUUUACUUCUAUCAAUGAGCAUCGGGAUUUGCUGGCUUUCAUCAAGACUGACCCAAAGACUGGCGCUAGAGCGUUGACGAUUGCGAAUUUGUCACAGUUGGACGUUUCUGUACCCAAGAUCGAAGGCUGUUCACUUGGAUCUAUGCAACCUUUGAUGACUAACUACACUGGCACGGUCGCGGAGUCGGUACUCGGACCUUACGAAGCGAGGGUUUACCUCUUGGCUCACAACUGA